AUGAUUGUAAUUGAAGCGAUAAUCUCUCCUUAUCUCAUAGUAAUAACAGUCUUUCUCUUAAUCGCAUUUUAUGUUUUGUGGACUACUCAUAACAGCGUUUUGAAAAGCAUAAAAUAUUUAGAAGGAAAAUCGAGAAGUCCUGUAUUUUCUCAUCUGAGUGCAUCCCUGUAUGGAAUUACAACGAUCAGAGCAUUUAAUGCUGAAAGCAAAUUUAUAUCCACUUUUAAUGAAUACCAGGAUAAGCAUACUGCAACGUGGUUUAUAUACCUGUCAUUAAAUCGAUGGAAUUGCAUAUACGGUCAAAUAAUUGGUUUCAUAUAUCUAAUUAUUACCGUUAUUGUUGUAAUUGUUUUCGUGAAUACUGAUGACGCAGGAAGCAAACUAGGUCUUGUUAUGAAUUACGGAUUCAUGAUAUCUAUGCAUUUUCAGUGGAUAAUAAAACAAUCUUCUGAAACAGAAUAUCAGAUGAAUUCUGUUGCUCGUAUACUAAAUUACAGCAAUUUGAAAUUAGAAGCAGCAUACGAAUAUUCGACUGACAAACAACCUCCUGCAGAUUGGCCACGUAAAGGGGAAAUUGAAUUUAAAAAUGUAUCAUUGCAAUACUCGAAAGAUAAAAACAUUGUUCUAAAUAACUUAACAUUUCGUAUUCAUUCGGGAGAAAAAAUAGGAAUUGUUGGACGAACAGGAGCUGGAAAGAGUUCAGUAAUUGCCGCUUUAUUUUGUAUGACAGAGCCAACAGGAACGAUAAUCAUCGAUGGUGUCGAUGUUAAGUCUAUAGGCCUUCGGGAUCUACGUAGUAAAUUAUCAAUCAUUCCUCAAGAUCCAAUGUUAUUUACUGGUCCUUUUCGAAAAAACAUUGAUCCUUUUAAUGAAUAUUCAGAAGAAAUGCUAUGGCAAGUUAUAGAAGAGGUUCAGUUAAAAGACGAUAUUGGGAAGUUACCUGGAGGGUUGGAUACGCACGUAAGUGAAGGAGGUCGAAAUUUCAGCGUUGGACAAAGGCAGUUAAUAUGUUUAGCAAGAGCAAUUCUUCGUGACAAUAAAAUCUUAGUUAUGGACGAAGCAACAUCCAACAUGGAUAAAGACACCGACUGUUGCGUACAAAAAGUAAUUCGAGAAAAAUUCAAACAUUGUACAGUGUUGACAAUUGCCCACAGAUUACAUACUAUUAUCGAUUCGGAUAGAGUACUGGUAAGUUUUAUCUGUUUAAUAAUAUAA